CGCCUCGCCUCCCCCGCCCGGUCUGCAAGCGCCCGGCGCUGCUGCCGGCUUCACCCUGCCCCGGGCUCGCCUCGUCCCACAAAGCCUCCUCCUCCUCCUCCUCCUCCUCCUCCUCCUCAUCCGGCGGCACCUGACGCGCGGGGCUCCCGACCCCCCCCCCCCCCACCCCGGGGCCGGCCCACCCCUCCCUCCCUCCCCCUGCCCCUCCCGGAGCUCUCCCGUAGGAGCGGGAAGGCGAGCGGAGCCGCCGAGCGCUGCCCAGCGCAGCCCCCCGGAGCAUGCGAGGGCAGCGGGGGCGCACCGACCUCGCUGCCCCCCCGGGAGGGCCGGCGGCGGGGCCGAGCGGCGGCGAGAGCCGGUGGCGGGGCGGGGGGGCGGCGUGAAGCGGGCUGGGGCGCGGGGGGGGGGGGACGAGGAGCAGCGCGUCCUGCCCGCCCCCCACCCCUCCAUCCCUCCAUCCCGGCUGGGGGCAGCGAGCCCUGCCCCGGGGCGGGGGGUCAGGGGGGGCAGCGAGGUGCUGAGCGAGCCUCGGAGGGUGCUGCGGGGAUCAUGCCGGGGAGGCUGAGCCUCGGCAUCGCUUUCUCCUCGCCCUCCAUGGAGCCCGGACCUUUUCUACAAUGACUUUCCCUGAGCUGAGCAAUGGCAGCUUGAGUGGGAACCGGACGGGACAGGGCAGCCAGAGCGGUGCCAACCGGUCCUGGGGGCUGCAAGGAGAGGAGACCCCCGAGGGCAACGACACCACGCUGACUUUCGCCUUGGACGUGCAGGCGGUGGGCGUCGGGGUCUUCCUGGCUGUCUUCAUCCUCUCAGCCAUCGUGGGGAACAUCCUCGUCAUCCUCUCGGUGGCUUGCAACCGGCACCUGCAGACAGUCACCAACUACUUCAUCGUCAACCUGGCCAUUGCUGACCUGCUGCUCAGCACCACCGUGCUGCCCUUCUCGGCCACCUUGGAGGUGCUGGGCUUCUGGGUGUUUGGGCGCAUCUUCUGCAACAUCUGGGCAGCAGUAGACGUGCUGUGCUGCUCCGCCUCCAUCAUGAGCCUGUGUAUCAUCUCCGUGGACAGGUACAUCGGUGUCAAGUACUCUCUCAAGUACCCCACAAUCAUGACCGAGAGGAAGGCGGGGGUCAUCCUCGUGGUGGUCUGGCUCUCAUCCAUGGUCAUCUCCAUCGGGCCACUGCUGGGAUGGAAGGAGCCGCCACCGCCAGAUGAGAGCAUCUGUAGCAUCACAGAGGAGCCGGGCUAUGCCCUGUUUUCCUCCCUCUUCUCCUUCUACCUGCCCCUUAUGGUCAUCCUGGUGAUGUACUUCAGGAUCUACGUGGUGGCCAGGCGGACCACCCGGAGCUUGGAGGCAGGGGUCAAGAAGGAGAGGAAUAAAUCUAUGGAAGUGGUACUGCGCAUCCACUGCCGCAGUGUGCUGGAGGAGCCUCUCUCCAGUACCCGGAGCAAGGGGCACAACUUCAGGAGCUCCCUCUCCGUGCGGCUCCUCAAGUUCUCCCGUGAGAAAAAAGCAGCCAAGACUCUUGCCAUCGUUGUGGGUGUUUUCAUCCUCUGCUGGUUCCCCUUCUUCUUUGUCCUGCCUUUUGGUUCUUUCUUCCCAUCUCUGAAGCCCUCCGAAAUGGUCUUCAAGGUCAUCUUCUGGCUGGGAUACUUCAACAGCUGUGUGAACCCCAUCAUCUACCCAUGCUCCAGCAAAGAGUUCAAGAGAGCUUUCAUCAGGCUGCUCAAGUGCCAAUGCCACCGGAGAAGACGGCCCAUCUGGCGUGUCUAUGACCACCACUGGCGAGGAGCCUCCAUGAACAGCUCAGUGCAAGACUCUGAGACAGACCUGAGGCCCAGGAUUAACACCCUGAACAGCUCAUUCAUAUUUAACUCCUCCUUGCAGGAGAGAGACAGUAAGAGGCGAACACUCAGCUUCAAGGGCUGGAAAAUGCUCACUCCUUUCCAGAAACCAGCAUCCACCCAGCUGAAGGAGAAGAUGAACAGCCUUUCUAAUAAAAUCCGGGGUGGCUCCAGCAAAGGGGGGGUGACAGCCACAUACAAAACAGAGGUGGAGUCUGUCUCUAUCGGGAUCCCCCAUGACUUCGCGGAAACCAUUGACUAUCAAACCUAUGACUUAACAGACUGCUGUGGGCUGCGAGAAACAGAUAUUUGAAGCCACUGGGACAGCUGUUGAUGGUUUCUUUUGAGGUAUCUAGCAGAAACAUGAAGGGAUACCAUCUGUGGGUCUGUCAGGCAGACUGGAAGCAGCAAUCAGGUAUAAAAUGCAGUUGCCCAAAGGUUAUACAAGCAUCCCCCACAUGGAGGUCAACUCCUUCUCUGCAAUUAUGGGUUCCUUAAAUAAGAGCCAAUGGCAUAUCCCAUUUUAAUAAGCCACAGCAGGAGGGGAAGAUGUGGGGUGGAUAUGGCCUUAGGACAAGAGCUGUUUCCUCCAUAGGAUGGUUAUCUUUGACUUUGGAAGAAGCUGUGCAAUUAAGGGAAACUAGGAUGUCUCCUUUGCCUUAAAAACACCACCACAGAAUCUAAUAGAAAGAUCAAACCCCAAAAGAUGCCAACCCUGCCUUAGUCCAUGUGAUCACGUUUCCAUCCAGAGGCAGCACCCAGAAAGGAUGCUGCCGAGCAGUAGCUGGCAGCUGAUCCUUUAGAUAAUAGGUUGGGAGCUUGUAGGUCUACAGGGCUGGGCAGGACCUCCAGCCGAGGCCUUUGCUUUGGUGGGUGAGCAGAUUGUGGUUCUCCCAACCAGGGUUCAGGACAUCCUGGCUCUCAGCCAUCAUGUCUGCAGUGAUCACACAGCUUUGCCCCUUCCAUGUAAACUGGUUUUAGGCAAGAGCAGUCCAGAUAUGUACACUGAUGCCAACGUGUGUGCGGGCCUCUUCUCAAAGUCCAAUCUGAGAUGCAUUUCUCAUUUCACUUUCCAGUGAAAUACUUUCAACCCACCUUCCUCUAGUGCACACACCUCUGUGAUACAGAAGAAAGGAACUCCUUUUGGUGUUGGCCAUCCCCAGCCUUCUUAUAUCCCCCUCUUGCUCUUAUUUGCUGUCUCUCUCAGCAUGGAAUAAAGAUGCAUCCUAGGGGCUUCACUCAGGUCCUUACUGAACCCACGCGGUGGCUCAGGAAAGACAAGAUGGCUGAGUUUGGGGCACCUUUCUACUACCCAUAGAGUCAAAGCUAAAACGGAGCUGACAUGCACUUGGAGCUCCCUUGUGUAGAUGCAUCUUCUCCCUGGUCAGGGUCAUGCUCAUGACUCUUCCCACAAGUGGUUUCCCACAGGCCUGAUGCAUCAAAACCUUCCGUGGCUAACAACAGUUGCCCUUGGUUAUGCCCACUAACAUGGUAAAGCAAUGUUGGUAAGGGGGUGUUUCGCUCUUCUCAUAGCCCCAGAGUGUAAGGUCCCCUCAGAAGGGCACCAUGGGCUCUUGCGGGGACCGCAGGGAGGCUGGAGCCAUAACAGGCUCAUCUCAACCAAGUUCACACACCCCAUGCCCACAGUCACCCAAACUCUGCUUGGCCAUGUAUUUCAGGCACUGGUUUUAUCUAAUUUCAGACAAGCAAUGAGCCACAAAGAGACAUCAUUAGAUUAAGCUGAGGGCAGAGGCAUGAGACACAUAGGAGAUGGAGGCAAAGUCUGGAUCUGAGAUGCAGUGUCUCAAGCCAGGUGAGUAAAGAACAGCAACACAAAGUUGAGAGGUGGAGACAUGACACUGAAUGUGUCCUGGGUGGAAACUCAUCCACAUUAGCACUGUCCCCCAAACCCAUUAGGAGUCUUUCAUGAAUGUGCCUACAGCACAUCAAGCUAAUCCUCUUAAGCAUGGCUGUAAAAGGAGAUGAAAGGCUACUAGGGAUAUAAAAAAGAAUGACACCUUUCUUUAUGCUGUUCAUUUGCUUUAAAGGAAAUCAAAACAGAGGAAAAGUUGGACUUCUUUUAAUUUUUACUUCUUCAUACAGUGCAUACUAAGAUAUGAUAUCUGGAGUUGGCCCUGUCUCAACACCCUUAACACCCUUCUGCCCUUUACUCAGUGCCAGACCCCAAACUGGAUGAAUUUCUGCAUGAAGACCUGCAGAUUUUGUCUGAAUAUUUUCCUCCCAGCAGUACAUCCCACCAAGGCACAUGGGCAGCAUUGCACUUACACUGAACCCAGUCUCAUUACUGCUGCAUGUUUGCCAGCGUCUGCAAAAUCAGCCAGAGGUUGCCAGCUUGAGAGGUUCAGCCCUACCAAAGCAAGGGCCCAAUAUGCCGUGGGAACCUCUGUGAGGAAGUGCAUCUCUUUUUUCCCCAUUUCUUUGGCCUUCAAGGAAAGCAAGACCCCACAGUGAUGAUGGGCUGACACAGACAGUCAUUUUGCAGUGGAAGGACUGCGGCUGCCACUGGCUUCCUGGGUGUUUUUGCAAUCCUGAUGGGAGAGCACACUGCUGGCACUGGGGAGUAGCAGAGAAGGAAUCAGGGAGAGGACCAUUGCUGAAGAGCAGAAAUGCCUUGAAGGUCCUCCUGGAAGGUUACUCCUCCCACUGUCCACCCACCUCUUGGGAUGCAUGUGCACACACGCCACUGUUGGAAGGAGUAAAUGCACCCAGACCUGCAUUUUUGGCCCCUGGUGACACUGCUUUGCAGGUUUAGCACACACAAGUCCAUAAUGUAAGCAAUUUGGGGGCAGUUUAGGAUGAGCUGAUACACAUAUAAUCAGAAGUGAAAGUCUAGUCAAGGGGGAAGAUGGACAUUUACCGUUAAAUGCUCUCUGAUGCUCAGGAGAAGCUUUUUCUGGUGUCUUUCCACAGUCAGACACCCACAGCAUACAGUAACGUGUGCAUCCAUGGCCAUACAGAUACACAUACACACGUUACUACAUUUAUAUAUAUAUCAUUUCCAAAACAGCAGACAUCCUGCUAUAAAUGGGGACUUUGAAGGGCCUCUUAGCAGUUGCUGGCAAGCCAUUUAUUCCCAAGAAUGAGCGGAAAUCAUUGAUUACACUUGUCCCUGAUCAUUCAAAUACGCUUCUUUCUUUUUUUUUUUUUUAAUCCAAUUUUGAAAUAUUUACAUUUACAACCUCCAGCCCCUUGAAAGCAUCCAGAAGGGAAAGAAAGAUUAGUCUGGGGGUUUCCUGCCUCUCCAUCCCAAUUCUUUACAGACCUACAAGGGAGAAAAUGUGGAUAAGGUCUGUUUAAGCACACAUAUGCAUACACACACAUAAAUGAUGCCCGAACUUUGGCUCAUUUACUUUCCUCCAUUGCAGCUGUGUCUGCCUUUGAUCAAGCCCUGAGAGAUGCCCUAGAAGGUGCUGUAGGAAAGUCCUGAGCUCUGCUGUGCUGCAUUCAGGCAAAAUACUUGUUUCUUACCUAAGCCAAGCACACCACACACACCCCCGCCCCGUCAUUUAACAUCUUGCAACAAGAGGCAAUGCCAGGGCUGGACUCUGAGGCUCUACAUGUAAAGCUUCAUUUAGAGUAGACAGGGCUGCCUUUGCUGGCAGGGGAGGAAGGACAAUGUUGUAUGAAAUAUGACCUGAGUGUCUAAAAAUGUGCAUUUGUCUUUGAUUCCCUCGAUCUCCAAGCUCUCCUAAGUUUGGAAAAAUGGGCUCAGACCUUCAGGAGGUAAAUUUGGUCUGAUCCCGCUGACUUCUCUGGACCCACAAGAGUGUGACUAGCUGAGGGUAUGGUCCCAUUUCUCCAAAUUUGCCAAGCAGGCCUUUUCCCAAAGCACCCGUACCUUGGUUAUCCAGCAGCUCCCACCUCAUCGCGCUGGCUUUGUGUCAAUAUUGCAUCAUCAGACCUCACUGCUUCGACAAACCGAGUGUGCAGGAUGGUGAACAGCAGCUUUUUAUGUCAGUAGACUCUCAUGAGUCCUAUUUAAGGGGUAAGGAAGGUCCCUGUCAGCCUGAGCUGGACUGCAGUUGGGUUGCAUUACUAUUGUUUACAGUGUGUAUAUAAGUGUACAUUUUCUUUAGCAGACAUUGGAAUUUUUUAUGUAUAGAUUUUUAUUUUUCAUCCCCAGAUGUAUUUAUUAGCCAGAGUAUUUCUGUUCUGUGAUUCAAGUUCCAUCAGGUUGAUGUAAGCUCUAUGAAACAGAAUGCACAUAUUUUUGUUUGUUUGUACCAAAUACAUGCACAAACCUGUCUAAAACA